CGAUUAUUGGCCAUCGAUUUGUAGCGUUAAAAAAUCGAAGUUGGCAACACUGAGCGUAGGCUAACUUCAGGUCUGUAAACAGUUAAUUGCUUAACUGUCACUUUCAUUCUAUGGUCACUCACUCUCGGGAUCGAAUGUGCAGGAGGAUAAUUAAUAUCUCAAUAACAGCCGUAGCCUGAUAGAAUUGCAUCAAUUGCACUACAGAGUAUAAAAAUGAGCGUUCCUGACGUUGAAACAAUCAGUGAUCUGAUCCAAAAACUUGUCGUUUCUCUUUGGGGAGAUCAAAAACCAGAGGCUAUAAGACGCUUUGUGCGUUUUGCGUUGGGACUCCUCUCCUCGUCUCCAGGUGCAGAAACACUUCGAGAAGAUGAAAUGAACAUUGCCGUACAGAUCAAGGGAAAACUUCAAGUUCGCGACGCCAUUCAGUUCGACAAACUUCACAACGAUCUCAAGGAUGGGCCGCUGAAGAACAGACUCAGCAUCCUGACUUUUCUGCUUUACAUGGGACAAUCCAUUGAUCAGACCAAGGACAGACACUUUUCGUUUCCUGAUAUGAGGCUUGGCCUGACUUCACCCGUCGCUUCUACCAGCCGUCAGACCUCGCAGGUUUCGUGCUCUCAGGGACAGAUGCUGCCGCUGAGUUGCACAGAGACGAUAGUUCGCGGUCCGUCUCUGCAUCCUGCGAGAAUAUUCAACGAGGAGUCAGUGUCCGAAGAUCUGUUGGUCCAGGAUUUGAUUUACUCGUUCCAGGGGAUAGAGGGAAAGGUUCUGAAACUCGACUCGAGUUACGGGUUCCAAAUAGACCCGAAAGCAAAAGUAAACAGAACGCACAGACAGGGUGUUUUGCGGCUCAGCGCGCUUGGCUAUCUUCACAACGUCGUCAGCCGCGGGCUGGAAAGAAUGUCUGCUGCAUGCUCCGGACGAGUUGCAGAUAGCUUUGUGGCUGCCCUGCAUCAGGAACUUUCGGAAUAUUAUAGAUUUAUUGCUAUCAUGCAGGAGGAGGUGAACAGAUCUCAAAGUCCACUGGGAAUGGACAGUGUGACGCUUUCGCACCUCCAUCUCUGGGCUUAUCAGCCAUUGGAGUCGCUGAAGUGGCUUGCAAGCAUCGUGAAAGCCUGUGAGGGUCAAAAAGGGGGAGCCCUGGCAUCCGCGGUUUACGGAUUCAGCCACCACGGCGACGCAGGCGUAAAACAGCUGGUAAAAAGAAUACUGGAGAAAGUUUGCGACCCUCUGCACACAAUGCUACUGCGAUGGAUCGCCGAGGGAGAACUGGACGACUCUAGAAACGAGUUUUUUAUCGAAGCAAGGUCAGACGUCGCAGGUGACAGAAUGUGGCACGAAAAGUAUCAGGUCAGGGACUCCAUGGUUCCAACUUUCAUCAGCAAGGCUCAGGCGAGAAAGAUUCUUGGGACAGGAAAGAGCAUCAAUUUCCUGAGAGAGAUUUGUAAGGACUCCGCACCCCUUCAGGAGAGGCACAGGGAAUCGUUUCAACAAAACGCGGAAGAUUCAAACGUUGAAGCUCUGUUCGACAUGGAUCCAGAUGGUCCUCUUCAAACUAUGAUGGAAACUGCGUUCAAAGAAACUUCGACGAGGGUCGUCGAAAUUUUGACCAAACAAUACAACCUCAUGGAACAUCUGCAGGGUAUAAAAGGCUACCUUUUACUCGGACAAGGUCAUUUUAUUCAACACCUGAUGCAUCUCCUCGAACCUGAAUUGGCUAAGCCGGCAAAUUCGUUGAACACUCACAACUUGUUUCCUAUCCUUGAAACGGCGAUCAGAGCUACGAGCGCGAAAUUUGAUGAUCUCGAUGUGCAGAGACGUUUGUAUGUUCGCUCGCUUGCUCCCUCUGAAAACGAGACUGGAUGGGACGUUUUCAUACUUGACUACAACGUCGAUGGACCUAUAGGAACGAUUCUGGAGCCUUGUCGUCAGACUUAUCAGACCGUCUUCUUCUCUCUUUGGCGAGCGAAGCGGAUGGAAUCGAUUUUGUCUGGUAUAUGGAAGCGGCAGACGACGUCGGCGAAGAUAUUUAGAAAAAUGCCGGAAGUAUUACCGAUACAGAAUCACAUUCACUUGAUAACGAGCAGCAUGGUUCACCUCGUCCAUCAAAUGCAGUAUUACUUUUUAUUCGAGGUGAUAGAGUGUUCCUGGGAUGUUUUUGCCCGGCAAUUAGGCCAAGCAACUUCUCUUGAUGACAUUAUAUCUGCGCAUAACAAUUUCGUUGAGUCCGUCAGACGCGGCACGCUGCUUGACGAGAAUUCGCAGGAGCUCAUGAAUCAUUUAAGAUCUGUUUACGGUCCGAUCCUGGAGCUCCAGGCGCUGGAAGAGACAUUUCUAGAAAGAGCAAUGCAGGAGUACGAAGACCGAAAAAAAGCAGAAAACAAAAUUGAGAAUAAAUGUGAACCAAGUAAAAAGUGGGGGAGGACAACAAGCGGAGAUGCGAAGGAUGCCAAACGUACAAAUAUUUUCACCAAAUAUCUAGCCACACUCUCCCUGCAUCUGAAAUUCCUCUCAAGAACUUAUCAAGAUCGCGUGAAGAAGUUUCUCCUGAUGCUCGCAUCGGCUGAAGACGUUUCGCUCCAGCUUCUCAGCGUUCGGCUUGACUUCAACGAGUACUACAAGAGCAGAGAUAGCCGAUUAGUGGCACCUUUGACGUACCAGCACCGUAGACAAAGCGAGCAGUCGUUUCCAGUCUGCAAGUGACACCGUUGCGAGAAUGGAAAUUCGACCGGAUCAGCGUCUACAGAUUCAUCUAAAAAUCGCUGUGGUGAAGAUGUUCCAUUGGUGUUGUCGAUCGACGAGAAGCCAGAAAUGCGCGGUGACUCGAGGCGUACAAAAAUAGAAACGAAUUUCAAAGAGUGUCUGAAAUUACGGAAGAAACUUGAUAGGAUAAAUUUAAAAAACGUUGAAGAGAGCAAACGAAGCUUCAAACGAUUUCUCGAAGCCGAAAUUAUUCGACACGCCGAGGCCGAGUUGAUCAGGAUUAUUCCCGAUGAACCGGAAACCCCAGUCACACCGAUAUUGGCCUCCGUGCUGAACAACGAUUUCCGAGAGA